CACUCUCCGACUAUAUUAUACGUUCCAUGAAUCUCAUUGCGUAUGGGAGCCCCACGAGAGCCGCCAUAGCUGUACACAGGUCUAAACGUCAACCCAGGUAUGUCUGCACCACCUGGGCAGCCAUUUCAGACCUAUGGCUUUCAGACAUCCGUCGAUAUUGCCCGCCAGCGGACGUUCGAGGUAGUCCCAUUGGCUGGAAACAAGCGACCCCCGGACCCUACUGCAGAUGAUGAUCACAGGCCAGUGGGAGUCAGACAUCCUACGACUGUUUCUAGUGCGGUUGGCCGGUCGGUAGAUUUUAUCCGCCCCUCGUUCAUCCUUCCCAAGGCCCGUCUGGUCGCCAGUGACAUCUAUCCGGUUGCUGAGACGCCGCCGGCGUGUCGUGGUCAACAGCUGAAUGUGUUCCCUACCGACCAGGAUCCGGCACACAAUCCUUAUUUGUCCUUGAAUCACCCCACGUAUGGCUUGCCUCCAGGACUGGUGGCUAACUUUGCCGCAGCUGGGCUUCGCAGUAUCUACCAGUGGCAAGCGUCAUGCCUUCUAGCGCCAGGCCUCCUCAAGGGCGACCGACAUUUAGUCUACACAGCCCCCACGGGCGGGGGGAAGUCUCUCGUCGCCGAUGUUUUGAUGCUUAAGCGUAUCAUUGAGAACCCCGGACGCAAGGCUAUCCUUGUCCUUCCCUAUGUUGCCUUGGUACAAGAAAAGCUCAAGUGGCUCAGACGCAUCGUACAGGAUGUCGAGAAAAUCACCCAUGAUGCUGAUGACCAAGUAGCCAAUGAAAAACCGUACCACAACCGGUGGAACAAACUCCAGCGAUCAAUCCGUGUCACUGGGUACUAUGGUGGAAGCAGGACUGCUGCAUCCUGGGCAGACACGGACAUAGCUGUCUGCACAAUUGAGAAGGCGAACUCUUUAAUCAAUUCCGCCAUUGAAGAAUGCAGCAUUGGCGACUUGGGUGUAGUCGUUUUGGACGAGCUACAUAUGCUGGAUGAUGAACAUCGCGGGUAUCUGUUAGAACUCAUGGUCACCAAACUACUCCUCUUGCGACAGAAGACCCAAAUCAUUGGCAUGAGUGCCACCCUAUCGAACACAGAAAUGCUUGCUGAGUGGAUGAAUGCCGCUUACUUUGUGUCGACAUACCGACCAAUCCCGAUUGAUGAUUACCUGGUUUAUGAGAAUGCAAUCUAUCCCGCAGCAACCUCGAGGCAGCUUUUCCAAACGAUCUCUAAGCUAAAGUCGAUGUCCAACGCAACUCUCAUGGAAUGCAUGCCUCCAGAUCGUGUUAUUCGCCCCUCAACCUUCCGCGAGCUUGCAAAUCCCAUGACGAAUUCGACUGUAGCUCUGGCAAUCGACACAGCCGACGCCGGGCAUGGCGCCUUGGUGUUCUGCGGUAGUCGGCAUAUGUGCCAGAUCCAAGCAGCUGUUAUAAGCGAAGCAAUGCCAGCACCUGCGGAGAACACAGAUGAACUCAGCAAGCGUUUAGAUUUGCUUGCUGAUCUACGCAGCCUGCCUAGCGGCUUGGACCCGGUUCUCGAAAAGACGCUCGUGAGAGGAGUAGGGUUCCACCAUGCAGGAAUGACAGCAGAGGAGCGCGAACUGAUAGCGCAGGCAUACGACCAAGGUGUCUUGCGUAUACUCAUAGCGACCUGCAGUCUUGCGGCUGGAGUCAAUCUCCCUGUACGGAGGGUUAUUAUCAAUGGAGCACGCAUGGGCAGGGAACUUGUAGGGCCCGCAAUGCUGCGACAGAUGUGUGGAAGAGCUGGCCGCAAAGGGAAAGAUGAGGCAGGUGAGACAUACCUGAUAUGUGGAGAUAGCGACCUACAAGCGGUCUGCGACCUCUUAGAAGCAGAAAUGCCCGCCAUCGAAAGUUGCCUAGCCCCGGAGAAGAGGGGACUCAAGAGGGCACUAUUGGAAGCUAUUGCGACCGGGCUUGUCUCCGGUCACGAUGCUAUCAAGGAAUACGUUAGAUGUACCCUUCUGUACCUGACGGUGGACAAAAGGGUAGCUUACGGUAUCAUGGGUUCCGCGCUGCAAGAACUAGCCACCGAGGGGCUUGUACAGUUGAACGACGACGAAUCGUACUCAUCAACACAACUUGGCCAAGCGGUAGUGGCUUCGGCGUUUGCGCCCGAAGAUGGUCUCUUUGUUUACGAGGAAUUGAGAAGAGCGUUGCAAGCAUUCGUUAUGGAUGGCGAUAUGCACAUCUUCUACUUGUUCACGCCCCUGCAAGCAGCCAUGGCCACCCCGAUCGAUUGGCUUAUCUUUCGCGAUCAGUUGGACAGCCUCGAUGAGAGUGGGCUACGCGCAUUGCAGUUCGUUGGUGUCAGUCCAGGUUUCGUGAAUACGAUGGCGCAAAGUGGGGCAUCGCUCAAGGAGAACACGCCAGAACAGAUUAACCAGGCCAGAAUCUAUCGCAGAGCGUACACGGCCUUUCAACUUCGGGACUUGAGUAAUGAAGUGCCAUUGUCGGCAGUAGCCAAUCGCUAUCGAAUUCCGCGCGGAGCAGUCCAAACCUUGGCACAACAAUGUCAUGGCUUUGCUGCGGGUAUAGUGAAAUUUUGCCAGCGAAUGAACUGGGGCAUGCUUGCGGCAGUCCUGGAUCAUAUGCGAGAUCGUCUGGAGGCUGGGGCGCGCGCUGAUCUGCUGGAAAUGGCUCAGGUUACCUUCGUGAAGGGAUGGACGGCCAGGUUACUCCGAGAAAAUGGUUUCCGCAAUCUAAGAGCAUUGGCAGAGGCUGAUGCAAAGGACCUUGUCCCUAUACUUAUGAUGGUAAACCCGCGGAAGACCCAGAAAAACCAGCUGCACCCGGCGGAGGCCGAGCGUUAUGCGAAGAAGUUGCUUGCUAAGGCAGAAGUCAUUAUUGCGUCGGCCAACAGGAUUUGGGAACGCGAGAUGCAGAUUGAAUUAGACGAGUGAACAAUUUCGAAGUGUCUUGGAAGUUAAAGUGGGGCGAUUUGGCGCUCUCUGCUCGACAUCUUGGACUAAAGGACUUCGUCU